AUGCCUGUUCUCACCGUCUUAGCUGCUGCAUCUCAGUGCAUUCGUUACCUGACCAUCUUGCAUUACACUCCUCCCGAAUAUCGCUACUCGCCUUUCCCGAUGACCGCAAUCUUGACUUCACUCGGCUCCACCAGUUGCUCGUAUUUGGACACCAAAACUUCGAACCACAUAUUUUGCACCGGUAGUGGGUGUGAAUACGCAGUGGACAACUGCCUAGCAAACGACAUGUCUGCUGCGUCUACUGACCCAAGGCCAGGGUGGAGGGCAACUCACAAUUCCCAGUCACCGCGCCCCAGAGACCCUUCUACCUCUGCUCCCACAACAAGCAAUUUCAUAUCGACAUCCUGGUCCGAGGGCCCUUCUCAUCUGGACCCAGCACUGGCACACAGCAUGUCCUUUGAUUUUGACCAGAUAAUACUGCCCGAUUCCAAUUUGAUCGACCUCGGGGUGUCCCUGGGUGACUUUAUGCCAAGAAUCACAGAACCAAGAAGUCUACCUUCAACAGAAGCGGCCUCAGGAAACUUAAUUGGCAGACAACCGCAUGGCUACACAUUAGAGAACAAAGCCAAUCGACAUCCGUCGCAGUCGCCCUCUCUCUUAUACCAAACACUUUCCGGCCCCCCAUCUCAGCAACAUACUCAUUCACCAAAACCCAUCAGAAAUUUCCAAACAAUUAAUAAACAACAACAACAACACCUGCGACAGAACACAACCGUCGCCGAGUCCACUUGUAGCGACACCCCUUCCUCGCAGGACUCGGGCGAUGACCCACUCACGGAAAAACGAAGACGAAAUAAACUAGCCGCUCAAAGACUGCGUCAGAAAAAGCUGGAUCGAAUUUCUGGUUUGGAGUCACGGUUGGAAGAGAUCACAAAAGAACGUGACGAUUUACGAUUACGUCUCGCAAAGUGGGAAGGAGAAGCUAUGGCAAUGAGGCAACUGUUUGACCAAAAGAUGAAAGAGUGA